AUGGUGAGGGGGAAAACUCAGCUGAAAAGGAUAGACAAUACGACAAGUAGGCAAGUGACCUUCUCAAAGCGCAGGAGUGGGCUUCUGAAGAAGGCCUUUGAGCUAUCAGUUCUAUGUGAUGCUGAAGUUGCACUCAUCAUCUUCUCUGCAACAGGGAAGCUCUAUGAGUUCUCAAGUUCCAGUACUAACAAGACGAUAGAACGCUAUCAAAGGAAUGCCAAGAACCAUCGAAUUGGCCACAAAGCAGUUGAAGGAAAUAUGCAGCUUCGCACGCAGCAUUUUCAGAAAGAUGCUUCUGCCAUGACCAAGAAGAUAAAGCUUCUUGAAGACCAUAAAAGAAACCUAUUGGGAGAUGAUUUGGAGUCUUGUUCUAUUGAUGAGCUAGAAAAGAUAGAAGAUCAGCUGGCACAAAGUUUAACCGACAUUAAGGCAAGAAAGAAUCAGUUAUUGAGGCAGAAGAUUGAGAAGCUGAAGGAAGAGGUGGAAAUACUAGCCAAAGAAAAUGCAGAAUUAAAGAAGAUUGAAGUGCAACCACUGCCACCGUCAGUUAUACGACCAGAGGUACACCGGAGGCGAAUUUCCGACGUGGAGACGGAACUGUUUAUUGGUCCACCAUAA